CAGUAGCCCUCAUUGCCACCUUGCCAACCAUGAAUGGGACGGCCAAUGUGAACUCGGCCAGCCGGCCCCACUAUGCCUCCUCCAUCCCGGUGCCUCGAGCUGCUUCCCAGACCAGGAUUCACAUACCGGGCACCUCUCCCCAGCUGCGGCCACGCCAGGCCAGCCUGGCCCUGAGCCCCCAGCGUUCAGCCUCCCCAAGACUGGGGAGAGCAGGAGGCCCUUCCAGAAACUCUUCUCCUAAGGCCUCUCGGGGGAGAGGCUCCCCCAAGGCUUCUGGGGCAGGGAGAGAGUCAGCUGAGGGUGGGGAAGGCCUCUCUAGCUCCCCAUGGAGCAGUCCCAGGGCAACCCCAAAAGCUGCCCUCUCCAACCGGGCCGGGUCCAGAAGAAUUGGGGAAACACAAGGCACCCAGGGAAAGAAGAAAGUGGCUCAGGAAGGGAUUCCGGUCCGCCAGCCCCGGGGCAGGAGCCCAUCCCGAACAAGCUCUCGUGGAGAAACUCAAAUACCAGGGGCUCCUGAAGGUCGAAAACCUUUGAACUACCCAGGAAAGGAUCAAAGAGAUACAAACUACAAAAGUUCAGGGGUUUCAAAGUCUUCGGAGCCUGAUGCCGGGGCAGUGUCAGGGGCCUCUUCCCCGGUGUACAGCCCUGUGCAGAGCAAACGCCCCUCCCCCACCUCAGGGGCCAUCAGCUUCGCCUCAGUCCAUCAGCAGAGUCAGCCAGUCACAGCCACAGUAGCCCCCUUCCAGUACAGGCUUCAGACAGACCAGGAACCUGGCCCCCUCCCCCAGGCUAGCUGGGCCCUUGAUGGCUACUCUGGCCUCGCUGGUGGGACAGAGGAGAGCUUCUCCUGCACAGACGCGCGGAUCGUCCAUGCGCUCCUCGCGGGCAGAAUGUUGGGCAGCAGCGUCAAGAGCGUGCAGCCCGAGGUGGAGCUGAGCUGCAGCGGCGGCGGGGACGAGGGCGCGGACGAGCCUAGGGGCGCCGGUAGGAAGGCUGCAGCUGCGGACGGCAGAGGCAUGCUGCCCAAGCGCGCCAAGGCGCCGGGCGGCGGCGGCGGCAUGGCCAAGGCCAGUGCGGCCGAACUGAAGGUCUUCAAGUCCGGCAGCGUGGACAGCCGAGUCCCCGGCGGGCCGCCCGUCUCCAACCUGCGCAAGCAGAAGUCACUCACCAACCUCUCGUUCCUCACCGACUCGGAGAAAAAGCUGCAGCUCUAUGAGCCCGAAUGGAGCGACGAUAUGGCCAAGGCGCCCAAGGGCUUGGGCAAGGCGGGGUCCAAAGGCCGCGACGCUCCGCUUAUGUCCAAGACGCUGUCCAAGUCGGAGCACUCGCUCUUCCAGGCAAAAGGCAGCCCGGCGGGCGGCGCCAAGACCCCCCUGGCUCCCCUCGCGCCCAGCCUGGGAAAGCCGAGCCGGAUCCCGCGCGGCCCCUACGCGGAGGUCAAGCCGCUCAGCAAAGCUCCUGAGGCGGCUGUGAGCGACGACGGCAAGUCGGACGACGAGCUACUCUCCAGCAAGGCCAAGGCGCAAAAGGGCUCCGGGCCGGUGCCCUCCGCCAAGGGCCAGGAGGAGCGCGCCUUCCUCAAGGUGGACCCCGAGCUUGUGGUGACCGUGCUGGGAGACCUGGAGCAGCUGCUCUUCAGCCAGAUGCUGGACCCAGAGUCCCAGAGGAAGAGGACAGUGCAGAAUGUCCUGGAUCUUCGACAGAACCUGGAAGAGACCAUGUCCAGCCUGCGAGGGUCCCAGGUGACUCACAGCUCCCUGGAGAUGACCUGCUACGACAGUGAUGACGCCAACCCUCGAAGCGUGUCCAGCCUCUCCAGCCGCUCAUCCCCUCUGUCCUGGCGCUAUGGCCAGUCCAGCCCGCGGCUGCAGGCUGGGGACGCGCCAUCGGUGGGCGGGAGCUGCCGCUCCGAGGGGCCGCCAGCCUGGUACAUGCACGGCGAGCGGGCCCACUACUCUCACACCAUGCCCAUGCGCAGCCCGAGCAAGCUCAGCCACAUCUCCCGCCUGGAGCUGGUCGAGUCCCUGGACUCGGACGAGGUGGACCUCAAGUCCGGCUACAUGAGCGACAGCGACCUCAUGGGCAAGACCAUGACGGAGGACGACGACAUCACUACUGGCUGGGAUGAAAGCAGCUCCAUCAGCAGUGGGCUCAGUGAUGCCUCGGACAACCUCAGCUCAGAAGAGUUCAAUGCCAGCUCCUCCCUCAACUCCCUCCCAACCACUCCCACUGCCUCUCGCAGGAACUCUACAAUAGUGCUUCGCACAGACUCAGAGAAGCGCUCACUGGCAGAAAGUGGGCUGAGCUGGUUUAGUGAAUCAGAGGAGAAGGCCCCCAAAAAACUGGAGUACGACAGUGGGAGCCUAAAGAUGGAACCUGGGACUUCUAAGUGGCGGAGAGAGCGGCCCGAAAGCUGUGAUGAUUCAUCCAAGGUUGGGGAGCUGAAAAAGCCCGUCAGCCUGGGACACCCUGGUUCCCUGAAGAAAGGCAAGACCCCACCAGUGGCUGUCACUUCCCCCAUCACUCACACAGCCCAGAGUGCCCUCAAAGUCGCAGGCAAACCGGAAGGCAAAGCCACAGACAAGGGUAAACUUGCAGUGAAGAACACCGGGCUACAGCGCUCCUCUUCUGACGCCGGCCGGGAUCGCCUGAGUGAUGCUAAGAAGCCUCCCUCGGGCAUUGCUCGCCCCUCCACUUCGGGAUCUUUUGGCUACAAGAAGCCUCCUCCUGCCACGGGCACUGCCACUGUCAUGCAGACUGGUAGUUCAGCCACUCUCAGUAAGAUCCAGAAGUCCUCAGGCAUCCCUGUCAAGCCCGUGAAUGGACGCAAGACUAGCCUAGAUGUGUCCAACAGUGCAGAGCCCGGAUUCCUGGCUCCUGGUGCCCGUUCCAACAUCCAGUACCGAAGCCUGCCCCGGCCAGCCAAGUCCAGUUCUAUGAGCGUGACCGGUGGGCGGGGCGGACCUCGCCCUGUAAGCAGCAGCAUUGACCCCAGCCUCCUUAGCACCAAGCAGGGGGGCCUUACACCCUCCAGACUGAAGGAGCCUUCCAAGGUGGCCAGUGGGCGGACCACUCCAGCCCCUGUCAAUCAGACAGAUCGGGAAAAGGAGAAAGCCAAAGCCAAGGCAGUGGCCUUGGACUCGGACAACAUCUCCCUGAAGAGCAUUGGCUCCCCAGAGAGUACUCCUAAGAACCAAGCCAGCCACCCCCCAGCCACCAAGUUGGCAGAGCUGCCACCAACCCCUCUCAGGGCCACAGCUAAGAGCUUUGUCAAGCCGCCCUCACUAGCCAACCUAGACAAGGUCAACUCCAACAGUCUGGACCUGCCGUCGUCAAGCGAUGCACACGCUUCGAAGGUCCCAGAUCUGCAUCCUCCGAGCUCAGCAACCGGAAGCACUCUCCCUUCGUGCUUCACCCCUAGCCCGGCUCCCAUUCUCAAUAUUAACUCAGCCAGCUUCUCCCAGGGCCUGGAGCUAAUGAGUGGUUUCAGUGUCCCCAAAGAGACCCGCAUGUACCCCAAACUCUCAGGCCUGCACAGGAGCAUGGAGUCCCUCCAGAUGCCAAUGAGCCUGCCCAGUGCCUUCCCCAGCAGCACCCCUGUCCCCACCCCCCCAGCGCCCCCUGCCGCACCCCCAGAGGAAGAAACGGAAGAGCUGCCCUGGAGCGGCAGCCCCAGAACUGGGCAGUCGGACAGUAAUCAGCGGGAUCGGAACACUCUUCCCAAGAAAGGGCUCAGGUACCAGCUUCAGUCCCAGGAGGAGACCAAGGAGAGGCGACACUCCCAUACCAUCGGUGGGCUGCCUGAAUCCGACGACCAGUCAGAACUGCCUUCCCCCCCUGCGCUCUCCAUGUCCUUGAGUGCAAAGGGCCAGCUUACCAACAUAGUGAGUCCCACUGCGGCCACCACGCCAAGAAUCACCCGCUCCAACAGCAUCCCCACCCACGAGGCGGCCUUCGAGCUGUACAGCGGCUCCCAAAUGGGGAGCACCCUGUCCCUGGCCGAGAGACCCAAGGGGAUGAUUCGGUCAGGAUCCUUCCGAGACCCCACGGACGACGUUCAUGGCUCAGUGCUGUCCCUGGCCUCCAGUGCCUCCUCCACUUACUCCUCAGCUGAGGAGAGGAUGCAGUCUGAGCAAAUCCGGAAGCUUCGCAGGGAAUUAGAAUCAUCCCAGGAAAAAGUGGCCACCCUGACGUCUCAACUUUCUGCCAAUGCUAAUCUAGUGGCAGCUUUCGAGCAGAGCCUGGUGAAUAUGACAUCCCGCCUCCGACACCUGGCAGAGACAGCAGAGGAGAAGGACACUGAGCUGCUGGAUUUACGAGAAACCAUAGACUUUCUGAAGAAAAAGAACUCUGAAGCACAGGCAGUCAUUCAGGGAGCCCUUAACGCCUCAGAAGCCACACCCAAAGAACUCCGGAUCAAAAGGCAGAACUCCUCAGAUAGCAUCUCGAGCCUCAACAGCAUUACCAGCCAUUCCAGCAUUGGCAGCAGCAAGGACGCUGAUGCAAAAAAGAAGAAGAAAAAGAGCUGGGUCUAUGAGCUUCGAAGUUCCUUCAACAAAGCCUUCAGCAUAAAAAAGGGACCCAAGUCAGCUUCCUCAUACUCUGAUAUUGAGGAGAUUGCCACCCCUGACUCCUCUGCCCCCUCAUCCCCCAAACUACAGCACGGCUCCACAGAGACUGCUUCACCCUCCAUCAAGUCCUCCAACUCCUCCUCUGUAGGCACUGAUGUCACUGAGGGCCCUGCUCACCCGGCCCCCCACACUAGGCUCUUCCAUGGCAAUGAGGAGGAAGAGCCAGAGAAGAAGGAGGUAUCAGAACUGCGCUCUGAGCUGUGGGAGAAAGAGAUGAAGCUCACAGACAUCCGCUUGGAAGCCCUCAACUCUGCCCAUCAGCUGGACCAACUUCGGGAGACGAUGCACAACAUGCAGUUGGAGGUGGACCUGCUGAAAGCGGAGAAUGACCGGCUGAAGGUAGCCCCAGGCCCCUCAUCAGGCUCCACGCCAGGGCAGGUCCCUGGAUCAUCUGCUUUAUCAUCCCCUCGCCGCUCCCUGGGCCUCGCCCUCACACAUUCCUUCAGCCCAAGUCUCACAGACACAGACCUGUCACCCAUGGAUGGCAUCAGCACUUGUGGUCCAAAGGAGGAAGUGACCCUUCGGGUGGUGGUGAGGAUGCCGCCCCAGCACAUCAUCAAAGGGGACUUGAAGCAACAGGAAUUCUUCCUGGGAUGUAGCAAGGUCAGUGGAAAAGUUGACUGGAAGAUGCUGGAUGAAGCUGUUUUCCAAGUGUUCAAGGACUAUAUUUCUAAGAUGGACCCAGCCUCUAGUUUGGGACUGAGCACCGAGUCCAUCCAUGGCUAUAGCAUCAGCCAUGUGAAGCGAGUAUUGGAUGCAGAGCCCCCAGAGAUGCCUGCCUGCCGCCGGGGCGUCAACAACAUAUCAGUCUCCCUCAAAGGUCUGAAGGAGAAGUGCGUCGACAGCCUGGUGUUUGAGACCCUGGUCCCCAAGCCGAUGAUGCAGCACUACAUCAGCCUCCUGCUCAAGCACCGGCGCCUCGUCCUCUCCGGCCCCAGCGGGACAGGCAAGACGUACCUGACCAACCGGCUGGCUGAGUACUUGGUGGAGCGCUCUGGCCGCGAGGUCACCGAGGGCAUCGUCAGCACCUUCAACAUGCACCAACAGUCUUGCAAGGAUCUGCAACUGUAUCUCUCCAACCUGGCCAACCAGAUAGACCGGGAGACAGGAAUUGGGGAUGUCCCCCUUGUGAUCCUAUUGGAUGACCUGAGUGAAGCAGGCUCCAUCAGUGAGCUGGUCAAUGGGGCUCUCACCUGCAAGUAUCACAAAUGUCCUUAUAUUAUAGGUACCACCAAUCAGCCUGUAAAAAUGACACCCAAUCAUGGUUUGCACUUGAGCUUCAGGAUGCUGACCUUCUCCAACAACGUGGAGCCAGCCAAUGGCUUCCUGGUUCGUUACCUGAGGAGGAAGCUGGUAGAGUCGGACAGUGACAUCAAUGCCAACAAGGAAGAGUUGCUUCGGGUGCUCGACUGGGUACCCAAGCUGUGGUAUCAUCUCCACACCUUCCUUGAGAAGCACAGCACCUCAGACUUCCUCAUCGGCCCUUGCUUCUUUCUGUCCUGUCCCAUUGGCAUUGAAGACUUCCGGACCUGGUUCAUUGACCUGUGGAACAAUUCUAUCAUUCCCUACCUACAGGAAGGAGCGAAGGAUGGGAUCAAGGUCCACGGACAGAAAGCCGCUUGGGAGGACCCCGUGGAGUGGGUCCGGGACACUCUUCCCUGGCCAUCAGCCCAACAAGACCAAUCGAAGCUGUACCACCUGCCUCCGCCUACCGUGGGCCCUCAUAGCAUUGCCUCACCCCCUGAGGAUAGGACAGUCAAAGAUAGCACCCCAAGUUCUCUGGACUCGGACCCUCUGAUGGCCAUGCUGCUGAAGCUUCAAGAAGCUGCCAAUUACAUUGAGUCUCCAGAUCGAGAAACCAUCCUGGACCCCAACCUCCAGGCCACACUUUGAGGGCCCCACAGUCCCUGUCACCCCGGACAGCAGAAAGGCUGGCAGCAGUGACGUUCUCUCCUCCUCUCCCCUCUCUUCUUCCAGAGCACUGGCUCUCCGGCCCAAGAGGAGAACAGGAGGGGGAGGAGGAGGUGAAGGAAGAGGGCAGGUUCUUGGUGCUGCACCUUCGAGAACUUCCUAGGAAGGACUGGUGGGGUGGAGUUUGGAAACUUGUGUCCCUUAGAUACAUUUACUGGCCUCCUCUCAUGACUUUGGGGAAAAGAUGAUUCUGGGUCUUUUUCCUUGAUUUCUUGUCUCAAUUAGAAACUCCUAGGCUUUCUGGGGAGGGGUUCAGAAGACAUCAGAAAAAACUGCAGCAGUUCCUAAAGGAUUCUCGUGAACAGCUCCAAGAGAGACAGCCCUGAGCAGGGAGAUCUGCGGGAGGUGGAAUUUCUCGCAGACCCUUCCUCUGUCACCUCUGUCACCACUGCCACUAACUCUUCCCCCAGAGAUCUGGCUGGAGCCCAGAAAAAGAAGCAUGUGGUUUAAAAACUGUUUAAAUCAAUCUGUAAAAGAUAUUUAAAAAGAAAAAAAAAAAGGAAAGAUGAAGCUGGAGAGAGAGGAAACAGUUGCCAAGGUAGAGAGAGUGCUGCCCGUCCCUGGAUGACGUCAGGGAGGAUGACAAGAUGGUUGCCACACCACAAAAAUAACAUUCCAGCCUUCAGAGAAAGACUGCUAGCCCCGUCUGGCACCCUCUAAUUUAACAUGCAUGACAGUCAAUAAACCCUACUUUUUUAAUUUUUUAUUUUCGCUUUUUGUUUUGUUUCUUUUUUUCCCUCCUCCCCUGUGCCUAUUUAUUUUCCUUUUCUCUCUUUCUUUCUUUCUUUUUUAUCCCCUCCCUCUCCCCCCGCCCCCAUUUCCUGUAAUGUCCACCAAAUGCUUGGAUUGCUCUUCCUGAGCCUAGUUUGGCUUUGCCAAGCGGGUUUUCUCUGGAGAAUCCGAUUGCCAUCUAACUGGCCCUAGCUAGACACCUGCCACACCACUAUCUCUAGCAUCCUUGGGACUUGUAGGAGACAUGAAGCAUCAGCUCAGACAGAAGUAGUAGAAGAACCUUGACUUCCCUUUUGAGAAAGCACACAUUUUGCCUGAAUGCUCAGCUGCCAGCUUCUGACUUAAAAAUGUAUCACCCCAUGUGGAUGGAAGAUCUACUCUGAGCUUCUCACUGGACUGGGAAGAAAACCAGGACACUAGAAAUAUUCGUUUGUGUCGUGGCCUGUUUGGCUCCUCACUACCCCAUUCUGACAGCAGCCACUCUGCUCAACUAAAUCCAAAAUCCCUAGCUGGCCUUUACUAUUUGUUUCUGAGAAGUAAAUAUUCACUUAUAAGAGACUGGACAUCCGUAGGACAUACUCCCAAUCAGAAUAGAAGGCUCAAGGAGUUUGAUUUGGUGGCAAAGUUCUGCCUUCCAGAGGGAUCCACCUUUAUAGCAGAAGUCGCCCCAGAGGUCUGGCAGUCUGUACGCCUUCAUUCAACAAACACUUAUUGAGUACCCACUGUCUGUCAGUCACUAGGUUUAAAAAAAAAAAAUGACGAGACUUGAGCCCUUAUGUUCACAGUCUAGAAAUCUUAACCUCCAUUCAAUGCCCAUCUUCUUAUCUAGACCCUCAGGAUCAUCUAAGAAAUGUAGCCAAAACCCAAGUUGCCGGCUAGAAAGAAGCCUUUGACUAGACGUCCCAUACAUGGGGGGCAGAAGAUCUGGGAUCAGUUAAGAUGGACCCUGAAGGACUGCAGAAUCUUGCUUUAUCUCAAGUGGGCAAGUUCUCUUCCUGCCAUUUCUGGAAGACCCCGUGGGACCAGAUCCAGGCUGAAGUGCCUGGUGAGGACAAAGUCUUAGGGUUCUGCAGAUCAAAGAUCUGUGAUCAGCCUGGGCCCAAGCAUUUGUUCUUCAGAUUCCUAAGUAGCACAAGACCUUAUCAGGACCUAUAGGCAUACGAACCUGGACCAUCCUGUCCUACCCAACCAAGGGAUACAUGCAUCUGACUCUUCACAUCGGGAUAUUUCCAUUUAGGUCCAGAAGAUGGUUCGAGUUGCUCCCCAAGAAAGCUUCUGCAUUCACCUGGUAGCUCCCAGGGAUGACAGGGUCCUCUGUAAUGGAGACUAUUAUUGCUUUUGCUGCUAAGUCCAUGAGCUGUGAAGAUCCCCAACCAACUCAGCUGUAAAAUAUGCAAUUCUGUGGUGGGAAGAGGAUGUUUGUGCAAGGAUGGUGCUGAAAUCACUGCCUUAAGGUCUCUGCUGUGCAGAAUGAGGACACCCCAGAGCUGGGUGUUCUCACUUGGAAGGAAGGGAAGACCAGAUGGGCCUUCUUUGGACCGAGGCCUCUUCUGAACCCUGUCCUUAGCUCCAGUCCCAUGGCAAGGCUCAGACUUUUAAUGCCAACUUGAUCAGGCAGGUGAGCCCUUAACUCUCUAUUUUCUGGUGCUGCCCAGCCAGUGCCUUCUAGCAUGGAUGUUACUGGCUACUUGAGAAAAAGGAAAGGGGAGAGCCCCUUCCUCCAUUCCAACUGCCUCAGACCCUCAAAGGGAUUCUUGCCUCCCUGGUAACCAUGGAAACCACCAUGAAUUCUCCUUGGAUCCUCAGCAGGUUGAUUCUGGAGGCCUCUCCUGGUGUGAAUUUUAAUCUCUAUUCUUGGGACCCACCACCCUCUACUCUGAGUUGACUGCUGCAUUCAGCCCAGGUCUCUAGUUGCUUUCCUCCACAAAGUGUGUCCCCAUCUAAUGAGGCAGCACUGCAGCCUCAGCUUUCCCUCUGGAGCCUGGGACCCUGUUUACAGUUGCACACUUGGGCCCCUCACUGGGGGGAUCCAUCAUCUCACCAAGGAAUCACAGUUAUGUGGCAACUGCAAAGGGUUGAGCCUCCUCAUGGUGCUAUAACCCCUUGGGGCGCUCAUCCAGACUUCUCUGAAGCAGAAAACCUGAGCUCCCCGCUACUGCCCUGGAAUUAAUGGCAAGAGCAAAUCCACGGCAUUCUCUCCUACCUACGCACCUGCUUCUUAGUUGAGGCCACUGGGAUCCCUCCAAAAGUGAAAACUGGGUCCCACAGCUAAGUUCUCAGCCUGCAGGCACCUUCAGAAGAACUCAGCCUGUCUAGGACUGGGAUGUGUGCUCUCCCCUUCCUCUCCAGACUCUCAACUCCAUUCCUCACCAAAGUGGGCUAGCAGAGGACAUGGUCAAACCCAAAAUCACCUUCUGAGGAGAGCCACAACUGCAGGAGAGGUUCCUGAGCAGAGUCCCUCUCAUUUCUGGAUGAAGACGACCAACAACACAUUUUGUCCAGUGUAUGUGUUUCUCAAUCCCUGCCUAGGCAUUAAAAAUAAAAUACCAGGUAAUUGGAGGCUAAUAUGGGACCUGAUGUCUGUGUGUGUCUCUCUCUCUCUUCCAUCUCUCUCUCUCUCAAGAGCAGUUUGCUGUUGCUGUUUCCUAUCUUCUGAGGCUUCAGAAUAUUUUUUUAAAAAUCUAUGCUUUGUGGCAGCUCUACGGUGCUUAUCUCUGUCUUUGUGUGAAUCCUUAUACCAACGUCUCUUUCAUGUAGUCUAACCAUGGGAAGCUAGAGGCUACCAAGGAAGAAAGAUUUGCUGUCCCUGGACAGACCCUGCAGUGAAGUCCUUGUUGACUGCCAUGCUACAUUUGGUUUUAAAUUACCAGCCUUCUAACAAAUCUAUUCAGACUCCCUCAGGAUUUGAGACAAAAUAGUGACCUUUUUUUGUUCUUUUUCAUUUCACUUCUGGUGUCUUGGUUUUCCUGGUUUGCAAGAUUUCCAAUGGACCUAAUCUCCCCAGGUCUUCACUUCUGGCUCCCUGAGACCAGCAUCACGCUAUUCAGAGGGAAACCCCCUUUUAGUCUCAGAUGUAACUAGUUCGUGUACUAUUACAAAAAAGUGGGAAGAGAAAAGUCUGCUCUUCCUCACAAACACCUCACAUCAUCACCUGAGAUGACACCCAGAUACAGAAAGUCUGCUUAUAGGUAAAAUGUGCCAGACCGAGUGAGACUUGGUCCUACAAGGCAGCGUCAAGAGACCUACGGGAGGCUCUCUGGCUUCUUUAUUGCCAGGGUGUUUGGGGAAGGAAGAUGUUCUUGUCCUAAUCACAUGUUUCUCAUAGGGUUCAAGUGCUAAAGUGAUCUAGAUCGCCAAAUGUAACUCGUCCUCAUAACCACUUUUUCUUAUUCCUGGCCUGUAGCUAAGCUAAAGCUAAUAAGUAGACUAUAAUAAGUCAACCCCACAAAUGGGGUGAAAUGGGUUUUUCCAGAGGGUUUACUGAUGCAUAGACUGAUUUAAUGCUGGUUUGCUCUUUCUAUGACUAGUAACUACUAGCAAGUUAUGGUUCCACUAAAGAGGCUGUAAGUAAUAAAAUGGUCUUAGGGACACUGUGUUCCCAAAAGGCCAAUGCCUGAAGAUACUGCCCUUUAUACUUGAAUCGGCUUUGUAUAUUCGUGAGUCCUCAACCAACCUGAUCAGGGACGUAUGGCUCUCCCCACUGCUGACGAUCCACGUGUACAUGUGUGCUCAGCCUAGCCUUGGAAGCAAGCACUGCCGGCCAUGGACCCUGGCAAACAAUAAACUGGAAGAUAAGGACACCAGUAGAAGCUGCACAGAGACCAUUAAUGCUGAAAAUUAAACCUAUGUAUACUGGGUCUUCCCAGUUUGA